AUGUUGUCCCUAACUCUUGUUGCAUCACUUCUUUUCACGCUUGCACAUUCAAACCCAAUCACGAAACGAGGCACUUACAUUGGCUCGACGACGCAGAAUCAGCUCUCCGAUGGCACACCUUGCCGAGACAUCACAAUCAUUUUCGCGCGAGGAACUUCCGAGUCUGGGAAUGUUGGCACAUUGACUGGACCUCCAUUCUUCCAAGCUGUCUCUGAAUUGUCAGGAGGAAAAGUCGCCGUUCAAGGUGUAGACUAUGCAGCAAAUGUCAUCGGCUUUCUAGGGGGCGGCGACAGCAAUGGAUCGCAGAAAAUGGCUUCGCUUGUUGCAACUGCAAAGCAGAGAUGUCCUGGCACGAAGGUCGUGCUGAGCGGAUACAGCCAAGGAGGGCAAUUGGUCCACAAUGCAGGCCGUCUCUUGGGGUCUACUGACAUGAACGCUGUACAGAUCUUCGGGGACCCUUUCCGAGGCCGACCUGUGGAAAAUGUCUCAUCUCAGAGAACACUGAUCAUCUGUCAUGCUUUUGACAAUAUUUGCCAGGGAGGAGCUCUCGUUCUGCCUUCCCAUCUUGAUUAUGCUGUUGAUGCGACAAGGGCUGCACAGUUCGUGGUUCAGGCUGCUUCGGGGUAG